GCCGUAGCGACGACCAACAACACCACCGGCCAUGCAACGGUACAAGGUCACGGUCGAGUACCUCGGCACUGCGUUCAAAGGAUUCCAAGCGCAGCCCGACGCUCCAACUGUCCAGUUUGAGCUGGAGAAGGUGCUCCAGCGCCUGGUAGGAGCAGGAAACAUGUCUCGCGUUGUGGUGUCGAGUCGGACCGACGCGGGUGUGCAUGCCAUGGGCAACGUGUGCCAUGUUGACUUGCGACGGACGCAUCGAAGGGCAAGAGAUGUCGUGGAGCCCAGACCCGAGGACAUCGAAGCGCCCCAUUCCCCCGAGGUCGUUCGUAAUUGCAUGAAUUCGUUGCUCCGCGAGCACAACCAACCUAUCGUGAUACGAAAAGUAGAAGCGGUGUCGAUGGACUUUCACUCGCGGUUCCACGCGAGCGGGCGAGACUACAUCUAUCAGAUCUACGCUCCGAGAGAGCGAUCCGAGGCGAGGCUAUGGGCCAAGAACUUGACUCCGUCGACGCUCUUCACCCGAGACACGGCAUGGCACGUGCCCAUGCCUCUCGACGUCAACGCCAUGGCCGAGGCGUGUUCGUACUUCGUGGGGAAACAUGACUUUACGAGCUUUCGCGGAAUCAAGUGCCAAGCGCUGACACCGGUCAAAACCGUGGACCACGUUGGCGUCCAAGUCGUCGACCUUCCCUCCAAUUUUGCAUUUGGCAACGACUUGCAACUGAUCAACGUGGAAGCGUCCGCUCCGUCGUUCUUGUAUCACAUGGUGCGCAACAUUGUCGGCGCUCUGGUCGACGUCGGCCAACACAGGUUGCAACCCCAUGACAUUGGGCGAAUUCUCGACGGCCGCAACCGGCAGCUUGCGCCUCGCAUGGCCCCUGCCCAUGGUCUGUACUUGAAGGCAGUGAAGUACGAUUUCUGACAACGUGGCUCGUCCCUCGCUGGGCGGAUUGACGAUCGCUGUUCAUCUUUACCACAUAAACCUGGCUUCGGUCCCGUCGGGCCACGUGAAUGGCUUGAACAAAUAGAUGGAAAUCGUCCAGGCGUUGACA